CACUAAACCGCCCAUCCCACACCAGGCUGAUUAUACUGGGGCAGGGGAUGCCUCAAGCUGCCCUUCCCUUCCUUUAGUCCCACCGCUGUGAGCAGUCGAAGUGGUCGCUUUGCUUCAGCCACCAGAAUCAAGAAUGCUUCUCUUGCUGGUCGUGUUGUCGUUGUGGCCCAUCUUGUGCCCUGUUUCCACUCAGCGGCCAACUUGCGCUUACUACCUGAGCAGGCGUGUGAGUGGUGUGUUUCAUUAUGAUCGGCAGAAUCGUUAUUCUUUGACUUUUCCUGCUGCCAAACUGGCUUGUGAACAAAGCUUUGGAGCUGUGAUGGCAACUAGGGAUCAACUUCAUACCGCAUGCCUUUCUGGUCUAGAGGAGUGCAGGGCAGGCUGGCUGUUGUCAGGAGAAGUAGGUUAUCCGAGGAUUCACAGAAGCUGGAACUGUGGCCUAAACAAAGUAGGCAUAAUAUCAUAUGGUGUCAAAAAAAACCUGCAGGAAAAAUGGGAUGUGUAUUGUUAUAAACCUGAUGAUGACUGCUCUAAUUAUAAUAAAUUGCUACAACUGGAAGACAACAUUUUAAACAGCAAAUCAGUGAACAUGUCACUGAUCAGAACAUUAGCUUCCUCAAGGAAGAAUGUUUCCAAGAAACGAGAAAUGCCUAAACCAAAACAGAUCAGGACACAGAAAGAUAUAAAUGCUCAGUUUUCCAAUAUAGCAAAACCAUUGUAUCUGAGUGAGCACAGUACACAUCUAUAUAGCACGGACACAUCAACCUCUGUCCUAUCUGUAAAAUCGUCAACUGCUUUUCACAUCAACAGUCUGGAAGCAGAGAGCAGUAAGGAACCUUUGCACAUUGAGAACUCUGAUAAAUGUUCAAAUUGUAAGCAUUCAUUGGAGACUGAAGAAAAAGGCAAAGUUACUGCAGCUUUUGAUACAAGUGGGACUAAAAAUGAAAACCAAACUGAAGUGAUAAGAAAUGCAUCGACAUCUUCUGCUGCAGAGUUGUUACACAUUUGGAAUGUGCCUGUGGAUGGAUUUACAACCUCUACAAUCAAUAAUGAUGCAGGAGAUGAAGAUAUUAGACCUUCUCAAGGUUCUUUUAAUCAGCAAAAACAUGUUGGGGUUGCUAUCCCAACUGCUGGCCUUGAAUCUGCUAAAACCAACUCUGUGACUUCACAAACUGCGCAACCAAAUAUGCAUUUAGUGACUUUAAAAUCUACAUCUCAAAUAUCACCAGUUAUAAGAUUUAUUACAGAAAGCAGUAAUACAUUACUAAGAUCUGGGACAAAUACGUUUGGCACAGAGUUACCUUCAUCCUCUGUGGGGGCUGUAACACCUGGACUGUCCUUGGAGGAUGUGAGUAAUGACAAAAUGGGUCAACAUCAUCAAACUGUCUUGAAACUAAUAGCGGAUUCUCUGAAUGGGUUAAGACGGUUCCCUUCAUCUGAUUCAAAUGCUACAGAAUGGAAAAGUGAGAGUGCUGAUGUAAUUAAUAGCACACACUCAGAGUUGAACAUGGAGAAGCCUUUUAUAGAAAAGAAGAAAGGGAAAAAACUCAAAUUUGCUUUUCAAGGAGAAGUCGCCCAAUUAGACUCUGUAAACACAAAUGGGGUAAUGGAAGUGGAAGAAGCUCAAGCACUCAGUUCAGAUCUUCAAAUUUUUCAAAGUGUAACAUCAAUAAAAUACAAUACAGCGUUGCCAGAAAUAACAAAUGCAGGAAAUGCUUUUCAUCUUAAGACAGCUAGGAUUGAUAAUAUCCGGUAUCCAAACGAAACAAAUCCAAAGAAUCAAGGAAUAGAUCAACUUGGUUUCAUCAGGAAAGAUAAUAAAUCUCUUUCAGAAACAGGACACAAUUAUGGGGCAGUAAUGAACCAUUUACAAAUAACUGAGGCAAGUCUUCCACAAACUGCAGCCACCAAUAUACGGCUGACUACAUCUGGUCCAGAUGAAGUCACUUUUCCAGUAACGUUCACGUCGGGGACAAAUGUAGAGUCUGCUACCUUCAAAGUAAGUGGCUUUUCACAAGCAGAGAUGUCCAUCAAAGAUCAGGUGGAGAAAGUAAACAUAAAAUGUAACCUGCUUCUAAAUAACAACGAAGAAUCAUUUGGAUCCAGAAAGGAUGGUGGGGCUAAACCAAAUGCAGCUAUUCCACACAACCCAGAAUUACAAACAACUGUUGCAGACAAAAAUAGACGUAAAGAUACAAUCAGCGAAGUAAAUACAUCACCACAAACUGCACACAGUGUGGAUAAUGCAUUAAGAUUGGUGCCAACAGCAAGUGGUUCAGUCCUGUUCAGAAUAACUACUCAAAGCAGAUUUCUGACAUCUACAAAAAGUGAAAAAAUGGUAUCUACCAUAUCUAAUGUUCAGUUAACUGUUUCCAGCAAAGAUGCAAAAACAAGGCAAAAAGGUGUGGCUCAUCAGAAAGCAACCCAAAGCAGUAUUCCUCGGAUAUUCAUACACUCUAAGAAUGUACAGCAGGAUGUGACCUCAGAUAAAAAUUCUAUCAACAUAGCGACCAGUAAGAAUUACUUGCACAUGAUCAGAAAUGACAGCGAUAUUCACCUUCUAACAAAUGCAGAUCCAACUCCAAUGCAGUCGGUUAAAACUUAUCCCAAUAUCUCUGAGCCAUCUUUCAUAAUUAGUGAAAACAGCACGGUGCUACUAAAUUCUUCUGAAGACUCUGUUGAAGUGGAGACAGAAGGAGUUCCAACAGAGCAGUCUGGCUCAUAUUUUGUGACACAUUUCAUGGUGGAGGGUUUUACCUCAUUGGAUGUAACCAAUGUUGCCAAUGUCACAGAUGACAGCACUGAAUCUCCAUUGCCAGCUACAUCAUUUAUGAGCCCUGCUUCUGUACAAAUACCUGCCACCGAUGAACCAUUUUUGCAGCUCCAUCAGAUGAGCACUUUGAGCUUUUCAGCUGUCACCAAAGAAAUAACACCAAAAGGAGAUACUCUACUUCCUUUCACUUCCUCGUUUAUGUCCUCAGAUUCAUGCGGUGGUGUGAUGAGACAAACUGAGGGAAGAUUUCAGACACCACACUAUCCACAAUCCUACCCAAGUGACAUGGACUGCACUUGGGAGAUUGAAGCUCCUCGAGGAUAUCUCGUCCGUUUGGAUUUUAUUUCUUUGUUUAUCGAAGAGCACAGAACGUGCAAGUACGACUAUGUGGUUGUUUACGACGGCAAAGGACCCAGCAAAGUGGAAAUGGGCAGAUUCUGUGGAUCUAAAGUGCCACCACAGCUCCAGGGAUCAUCCACCGUAAUGAGCAUCAUCAUGCGGUCUGACUCCUCCAUGGAACUAGAGGGAUUUUCAGCACGGUUCAGCACUUUCCAAAUCCCUACAGGUUAUAUUCGUCUGGUUGGAGGACAGACUAUUUAUGAUGGCUUAAUAGAAAUUGAGUCUGAUGGGCAAUGGGGCGGAAUAUGUGCUAAGCAGUGGACCCAUAGAGAUGCCACUGUAGUGUGCCGCCAACUAGGCUUCACUGGACCCGCUUUAUCUACAAGGGUUGAUGGAAGUGGGCUUGAGAGUCAACAGGCAAUCUCUUAUAUUAAAUGUAGGGGAAGUGAGGUGACGGUGCAGGACUGUGACGUUAAAAGGAAUGGUACCUGUGCAAUGGGACAACGUGCUGGAGUCAUCUGCCUGGUUAUGGAGUCCUGUGCAGCCUUAAAGAGUGCCGGCGUUCAGGAGUCUGGGACGUUCACCAUAGAUCCCGAUGGCAUGGACACUGGAGUUGAUCCUUUCCCUGUGGAAUGUGACAUGACGUCUGACUCUGCAACGGGUAUCACAGUGAUAGGUCAUGAUUCGGAGGGACGAAAGCGUGUGACUCCCUGUGAAGAGGCUGGGUGCUAUUCCCAAAUCAUUAGUUACAAUCAGGCAUCACUUGAUCAACUUGAGGCAUUGACGGAGAUCUCAAAAUCCUGUGAACAAUAUAUCAGCUUGGAGUGUCGCCAUAUCCGCUUCCUCGGGGAACACUGGGGUUGGUGGGUGUCAAAGGAUGGACGUAAAAUAAACUCUUGGGGUGGAGCUUCAACUAACAGUGGAAAAUGUGCAUGUGGAAACAAUGGCACCUGUGCUCUUGGUCUUUCCACCUGCAAUUGUGAUGCAAAUGAUGUUGUUUGGAGGCAAGACGAAGGACAUCUGAGGGACAAAACCGUUCUUCCUGUGCAGGAAGUGAGGUUUGGAGACACACAAGAUUUACCAAUUGAGAUGGCAUUUCACAGAAUUGGUCCACUUCGUUGUUUUGGGCAGAGUUCCCUUGUGCCGGUGCUGGAGUCGUGUGCGGCCUUGAAGGAGGCAGGAUUCCAAGCGUCGGGUCACUAUGUCAUUGAUCCAGAUGGAGUUGGAACAGGAGUUCAAGAGUUUCAAGUCUUCUGUGACAUGACAUCUCAUCCAUCAAGUGCUCUAACGGUGGUGGGCCAUGACAGUGAAGGACGCAUACGAGUUGCCCCCUGUGAGGGACCGGGCUGUUACAGCAGGAAGAUCAAAUAUGCUGCAGAACUGAUCCAGUUGAAUGCCCUGACGCUUAUUUCGGACUCCUGUGAACAAUAUGUGAAGUUGGACUGUCGCCACAUUCGCUUCAUACAAGCCGGCUGGGGCUGGUGGACAUCGUGGGAUGGGAAGCGAAUGUUCAACUGGGGAGGUGCAACCUCCAACAGUGGACGCUGUGCUUGUGGAAUUACAGAAUCUUGUUCUGCUCCAGGCUUACUCUGCAAUUGUGACAGCAAUGACCAUGUCUGGAGAGUGGAUGAAGGGAUCCUGCAAGAUAAAUUAUCAUUGCCCAUCCAAGCAGUAUACUUUGGUGAUACUGAGGAUGCACCAUUGGAGAUGGCCUUUCAUACCAUAGGAAGACUCCAGUGCAAAGGAAAAGAAGGGACACAGAAGAAUCAUCAGUCAUUAUGAUGGUUUUCGCAAUUGUGAAAAAAAAACAAUCAUAUCUUUUGUUUGUCACCAUGAGAGAAAUGCUUUAAGCUAGACUGGACUUACUCAGAUAAGAUUUAGCUGCCAUUUUACUGACAUCUUUUAAACAGAAACCAGCCAUUCAGCGCAACAGGUCUGUGACAAUCUUUACCCUCCAAGCUUGCUGUCCUGACCUUUCAUCAUCCUUUAUUGAAAUAUCUUUCUAUACCUUUCUUCCUCCUGUACUUUCCCAUCUCCUUUUUAUUGAUUUGUGUAGAGAGACUUUGCCAUAGACCAGCAGUUAACAUCUUUUUUUCAAGAAUAUUUUGUUCCUUUGGUCCAAGCUUAAAGAAGUGAUCAGAAUAUCUAUUGUCUCUCCCUGCAUUACCUUUAAAAUGUACCCAAUGAUUUGUAUUGGUUCUAUAAAUUCUUCCCAAAACGUAUCACUUCAUAAAUUGCUGCUUUAAAUGUAAUCUAAUUUCUCCAGUCUCUCUUAUUAGGUCUGAAUCUGAUGUCUCAAAUUAAAAUAAGAGGUGGGAAGGUAGAGUUGGCUAUGUUUACAUAUCUGUUGUGCUGCUGCAAGUAAGAAUUUCAUUGUUCUGUUUCAGGACAUAUGACAAUAAAAACUUUCCCUCACUCUCA